AUGGCCUUUCCCAACCCGACCAUCCACCCGCCAAAGUUGUCUUCGUCCGCUUCGUACCAUCGACGAUUACAGUCGCGCUCGCCUUCACGGUCUCCAGUACGACAAGCACGUGACUAUGAUCCUUUACUUCGCGACCUCUCACCAACUGCGACGCUACGAGCUUUUAGCACAGAUGCGCCGAGCCGACACGAUAGCACCCAUGGCGCUCUAACGAACAGCUUCGAUGCUGCCUCGACACCAGAACGAGCAUUUGGAGCGAAGGCGGCAAAAGCAUGCCUGGAUCUCAGAUCGUGGGUGCGGGAGCUAGAGAGUUGGGAAUGGCCAGGCACGUUUGAGAUGCCGGAUUAUAUGGAGGAGGGUGACGAGGCCGCGUACUCAGGCAGCAUAGCCAGUGGCUUGGUGUACGCCUACGAGCUUAGAGCGGACGAGAUCGCACGAGAGCGAGACGGGCUGGAUCUGGAGGAUAUGAAACGGUUCGUGUUAUCGGCACAUGGACGCUCUGGAGGGGACAAUCCGUGGUUCGCACGCAAUAGCGUGAACGUGUCAGCUGUACAGCCCGACGUCCGCCAUCUGGAUGACUUCACGGCAUUGAUCACAGCGACGAUAUUACAAGCACUUCCAUAUCUGUCAAGCUUGAAUCGCUUGCUGGACGUCUGGACUAUUCGCUUGCUGAUAUGUCGACAAGCUUCUGCCUUUCUAGCAGACCUGGCACAAGCGCAACGAGACCUGGAUCAAGGCUGGGCGGCAAUAGCAGUGUCGUCUGCCCUUGAUUCCGAUUUGAGCAGCGGGGAUCUGACCCACGAGAAGAUGCAAGACAUGCAAGGUGUGAUCGAAAGGCAGGUCAAUAGUCUGGGCCGUCGACUCGAUAACUUUCUCGACCAGCUCGAAGGCCGUAAGGAAACUGUACCAGAGCCGUGGAUCGAGGACUUCGAGACCUUGGAGUCCGCGUAUAGCGAAUGGGUGGUGCAUGCGGAGAGGAAGGUACUGGAGGAUGAGUGGCGGACGGCUAGAGUAGCGGAAAGUCGCGGUGUCGAGCACGCGAAAGCUGAAGAGAUGCUCACGGCUCAGCCAUACGCCGACGACAGUCGAAAGGUGUCUGAAACGUUCACUAAGGAAGACGACACCCGUGAUCAUGAUUCUCUGAUCGCCCCGACGUCGCGGCCAGUGAGUGAUAUCUACGACCAGCCACCCGAGCAAAUACGAGCUGGUACUGUGCGAUCCUUCAUCGUGCCCAACCUACCAAGUGAUGGACGCAACAUGCCGCGGGAAGACUCGCAAACACUACCUGAGCAGGAUUCAGGACAAGUCCAGCACAGUCGGGAUGCGGAUGACAUCGACGCAUCUUCCUUGGUGCGACCAAGUCUGGUGCACAGCCCAAGCAAACGAUCACGACAUAUGCCAAUAGUGAUCAAUUACGAUGACCCUAGCGAGAUCCAUCCAGUGGCUGAGAAUACUGAGAAGGACGCAGAUGAGAGGUUUGUGAUACCAGACAUGGCGGCACAGAUACAGAACGAUGAGAAUUUUGGUUCGACCUCGAAUGUGGCAAAGAAGCGCGCAGCUUUCGCUAAUGGCGAUCUCGAGCGCGCCACGAGCCUGCAGCGCCAGGUCAAGUCUCCUGUGCGCCCGUUCGAGCACGCUAGUAAUGCGUUCACGAGGCUGUUCAAGAAAGAUAAGACACCUGAGCCCAGUCGGUCGAGCUCGCAGAUUUCAAACAAUUCGGCGAAGGAGAAGGAUAGCAAACGUCCUAGAGGCGAUAGCAAUAAUGGAGUCGUGUGGGGUGGUCAAAGUCCUCCGGCUACCAGUCCGCCCGCAAAUGAAUCCACGCUCAACCCACAUGAUGCCAUGAAGCGCAGCAGAAGUCUGUCGUAUCGUUCGCAAGCAUCACAAGCACGGAGCGAAAAUUACAGCGGCGUCACAGUCGACUCCGUACCAAUCAGCAUCCCACAUCGCCAGCGCAUGCCGUCGCGAGAAGCCUCGUAUCUUGACAUGCCUGGAGGUAUGCCACGGUCUCGAUCAAAUGACUCGCGACAUCGCACUCUCUCGGACGCAUCUCGCGGGCCCUAUCAGAGUCAGGAGAGACGUCUAGAGCGGAUCAAGCCCGAGACCUAUCAGCCUACACGCAGUAUGGCCAGCACCACACGACGACCAUCGAGCUCGAAAGCCCUGCAAGAGGUACAGUACCCAGCUGACUGGCCCUUGGCAUUCCCGACGCAUACGGGCACGAAUAGUCCUGUCAAAGAAGACUUGGACUCACAGUCACCACAAAACCAUGAGCCUCAGACAAUUCCAGCAGAGGCUGAAGAAGCUAUAGAAGCAGAUGACUCAAGUCCAGAGAUCCUUAGCCCAAGAAUCGCCAUGGAGACCAAUGCUUUCGAUCGCUUCCUCGUAGACAGUUUCCCGAACUCUCCGGAUCUGGAGUUACAGACAUCUAGGUCUAUGGAGCAGACAAUGAGCCAGCAGCAAAGACCGAGGCAUGCGAGGAAGAGGAGUGAGGUGCCUACUGUCAGUGAGGGAAUGCUCGAAGAUCGACAUGGCGAGUUUGAUAUGUUCGACCUUGCUCUGCCGAUACCGGGCGAGGAUACAAAAGGCGAACGUACGAUGGACGACGGGUUCAUCUUUGGUACGGAUGCUGAUGACUCUGCUGUGGAGGUGCCAAGGCAACGGCCGGCGAGUCGAGGACGGGUGGUGCUUAUUGACGAUACAGCGGAACAGCACGCAGGAUCGGGAUACUUUCCUGACCCGAACCACGCGCAAGACGAUGUGAAUGGCAUCGCACAGAUGCAUCACGCCCGGUCACGUUCAGUCUCGCCCGUCUCACCACCACUUAGACUCCAUAUACCAGACUUACACAGCCAAGUCGCAGCAGAGAGCGGAUAUGGCCACACCCGUAAUCAGUCCGCAGACACAGACGCAAGCUCGCCCGGAGCAGAAAUCAUGGACGCCAAGCCUGUCCUUGUCAAUCGUGCUAGCAUGGCCUCUAUCGCUUCGCUUCCACGCAGCGCACUCCGCAGUAUCGAUAUGUCCAGGAACAGGAGUAGCCAACUGUUCGGAUCAGGUGGUAGUGCCAGUAUAGGCGCCGGUCCCCGCUCUGCGCCUCUCACGCCUCGAGAACCAGUCUCGGCUAUCGAGCCCGGUGCGGAUAGCAUGCCCACGAGUCCGAUGGAGUACAGAAGUAACCUUGUCUUUCCAUCACCACCUAUGGGUAUCGUUAGUCUACCUGGAAGCCGAGGCAACAGUCGACCAAGCAGUAGGCCCAGGAGUCCGGUAAGCCCUAUCGGGAGUCGAGAUCAUUCGCCUGAGAAGGUGACGCAUUUUGUUCCAUCAUCUUUCUCGUCUGUGAGGCAUAGUAUUGCUGGCGCUGAGAGGCAUCAGACGGACAGCAACGGUGAUGGCGAAGUUGGAGACGACUCGCCACGUGGUACUGCUUCGUCAACCAACUCACCCUUCGCACCACUCAACGCAGCAAUGGCGAAACGAGGACAAAAGUCCUCGCGCUUCGUGAACGGCGCUGCCACUCCGACGAAACCUGCGAGCCGGGAUGGUCCGCUCAAGCCUGGCGAGGAUACUUUCGACAGACAUGUUAGUGAUGUUCUGGAUCGAUUGCCAUCACACGCCAUCAAGUUCAAAGCACGACCCGGUGCCAAAACACCCGACUCGGGCAAGAAAGCAGAUGCACGCAGGCCGAAAGCUCCCGGUCGUAUUUCCUCUAUCAACUCGACGGCAGCAGAUAUGACCCUAGCGCCUGCUGAGGCUUCUCUCAAGAAAUCUGCCGAAGACGUCAAGGUUUACCACCUUACUCAAGCUGGAAGAGAUGAGCCUAUCAAGCUGUUCGUUCGCCUUGUUGGCGAGAACGAGAGAGUCAUGGUGCGCGUAGGUGGAGGCUGGGCUGAUCUGGCCGACUAUCUGAGGCAGUAUGCUGAGCAUCAUGGUUCGCGCACAGUCUCUGGGGCGGGCGGUGAGCGAGGUCUAGAGUUGCAAACGGUCGAUACAGUUGGUGGUGCGUCGGCACGAAAGGUUAGUAGCUCUUCUGCUGUCAACGCUACUGCUAGUAGAGGGACGCCUGCCACACCAACGAUCGGCACGGCACAAGCAAGAUUCACUAUGGAUGAUAGCACGGGUUCGGAGAAUGGCGAGCAGGAUAGUCCUACCGCCGCGGGAGAUUCCUUCCCUGACACUCCGUCUUUCUACACACCCAAGUCGACCGUAUCUACCGCCAAGACCAACUCCAGACCUUCCACGGCAAAUAGCCUUAAUCGACCCGGAAGUCGCCCCGGUAGUAAGCAGCAAACCACACCACAAUCCCAAUCAUCUCACUGGCCGCUCAGCAAUUCCGCCUUGUCUGGCCCCGGCAGUGCAGGCAAAGACUUACCGGAGCAGAAAGCCAGAUGGGUCGAGGGAAUGCUUGAGCGAGCUAAGGUUUCCAGUGCUACGAACUCUACUGAUAAGAGUCGAGAUGAGAAGGGUAAAGGAAGUAAAUUUUGGGGUGAGCUGGGCAAAGCUGGAGGGACGAGGAGGGUUGUCUUUCGACAAGGAUCUACCAACGGCAAGGACGGCGGAAACGGAAGGACGUGA